CGCCUACGCGCGUCGCUGCGGACGUCUCCACGUCCCGCGCGCCCGUCACAGUUCGCCAGCGGUGGGCCGCGUGCCCGCCGCGCCGCCGCGACCUCACUAUAUGAACACUUUUCGUAUUUUCUACCUAUUUGUAUUUAAUAUUAAGUUAAAGGUAAUUACAACUCAAGUGGCAAGUUCAGUGCGGAGAUCGACGUGAGUAGCGGCAGCGGGACAGAUAGAUGAGAACGGAACACACGGCCCCGCGCACACAACAUGGCGUCUUUCAAAGAUUGGCUGACAGUGACGUGGGCGCAGGGCGGCAUGCAGCUGCAAGGAGACGGCUCCGCAGACGAUGACGAUUCUGUCAAGGGACGGUGUGGGCGCGCAGGCAGUCUUGCAGCGACUCCAGGAGAGAAACUUCUGGAACUACUCCGACCGAGCGUGGGCACUCCGCGGCGACACUCCACCGCAGCGUGUGCGCCUGCGCAACCACAGAGACCGGCAGGCUUUGUCUACUGCCCCUCUGACGCACUGCCAUACUGUCCACCAUCUAGAAUCGCGCCACCGCGGCCUAUUAUGAAGAUUUAUAACUAUUUACGGGAACAGCUCCAGCCACCACCGCAACAGAUCCAGCCAGUCCAGCCACAGCCGCCGCCCGUGCCGCAGCGUACAACUGCAACAGUAGCGCCCACGCCCCUACCAGUGCCGCCGCCCGCGCCACCGCGUCGCUCCUCCCCACAACCACCACGCCGUGUACCACCACCCACGCCACCAAGACCACCCACCACAACACCUGCACCACCACAAACCGACCCCAAUGGAAACAGAAGAACAGUUGCCCCCGUGCAACCUCAACCACGACUUGACUGCAAUAGAAAUCCCCAGCCACUGUCCGCCAGAAGGGCACCUGCUCCCCAAAGAAUACCUGACGCUGCAACUUUCACUCCCGCACCGCUACCCCCUCAAAACACUGUCCAGCCAAUAAAGCGAUCACCAAGCUCAGGGUCAAAUAUUAGCGUCCGACAGGAUUCAAACGUGUCUUCAGACUCGUUUAGUCAAACUUCUUCCCCGUCGUACACGACGAAGACAAUGGAGGCCCCUCUACUGCCUCACCAGCACGUUAACAAGAGCCUCAACGCGAAGAUAGCGCGCGGCCUGCUGCUGAAGGAGCAGCAGGACCGGGACUCCGGCAACGGCUCUAUCACCAAGAGCAUGUCGACGCCAGCGUCACUACAAACUAUCGUUAGAUUCCAAAAUGGUAGCAACAUGUCCCUGCAUCAUCGGAUGCUCCGAGACAUGCGAGGGGCGAGCACGGACGCCAACCCUCACAAGUUCAGACUGAUGCAGCUGGCGCUCAACGCCGUUGCGCUGCUCGCCAUCACCGGCGCACUGUUCGCCUACUUCAGGGCUAACCCUGCUGUACAAUACGUGUCACAAGUAGUGAAUAGGUCAACAGUGGUGACCUGGCCAGCACCCACCGACCCGCCGGGUGCCAGAAACCCAGCACCAGGAGUGUGUUUGCCCGUCAUAGUAAACUUUUGCCAGCAACACAGGAUACCGUACAACUUCACCGUGUUCCCAAACUACAUCGGACAUUUUGGGCAAAGAGAUGCCCAACAGGACCUGGAAGUAUACGAAGCAGUAGUGGACGUCCGGUGUUACGACCUGACAGCACUGUUCUUAUGUUCACUGUUUGUGCCCAAGUGUGGACCCUUGGGACACAUGGUUCGACCCUGCAGGAGUUUGUGUCAUGAAACGAUGCGGCGUUGCGGCUUCUUCCUGGAAGUAUUUGGGCUGACGAUGCCGGACUAUCUCCAGUGCGACAUAUUCCCCGAGUCCACUGAUACCGACGUCUGUCUCGGGAACAGAGAAGUUAGCGAUGCUCGCUUCAGAGACGCCAUGCCAGUAUGUCCCACGGGGUUCCAAUGCGACGUGCGACGUUGUAUCCCGCACGACUGGCGGUGUGACGGGCACGUUGACUGCGCGGACCGCUCGGACGAGCUCAACUGUCGCGUCUGCAAGCGCAGCGGGGAGGUGCACUGCGGGAACCAGCGCUGCAUCUCACAGGCACACCUCUGUGACGGCAAGGUCGACUGUCCUUGGGGACAGGAUGAGCGGAACUGCUUACGACUGAGUCAAGCGAACGGUGACGUGGGCCGUGGAGAGCUGCAGGUGUACCGCGCAGCCAACCACUCGUGGUUCCCUGCCUGCAUCACUACGCUGGACGAUGACACCGCUCUCAAGUUGUGCUCCAUUCUCGGAUACUCGUUUUUAAACAAAAGCCAAGCAGUAAUCAACGAGUCCCGUCCAGAAGUUAACAGUAUAAAGGCGGCAGUGAACGUUAGCGCCACACCAGGCCCUCGCGCCAGCUUCGUGCAUGAGCACGGCGCUGCACAGACAUACCGCGCCUUCCUCAGGAGUCAGGGAGGCCUGCUGAAAGAACUCAAAGAAUGCAGGCAAGACUCACCGAGAGUGCAUCUUGUUUGCGACAAGUAUGAAUGCGGCAAGCGUCGUACAAUGGGCGGAGGGUCGAAGCGUAUCGUGGGUGGCGUGGAGGCGUCUCCAGGAGACUGGCCGUUCCUGGCUGCGAUCCUCGGAGGACCUGAGGAAGUGUUCUACUGUGCUGGUGUGCUCAUUGCUGACCAGUGGGUACUGACGGCCGCGCAUUGUGUUGGAAACCACACGGACGUGAACGGCUGGACGAUACAACUAGGCAUUACACGGCGUCGCUCGCACGCCUACUACGGGCAGAAGGUGAAGGUGAAACGCGUCGCCCCGCACCCGCAGUACAACUCCGGCAUCGCGCAUGACAACGACAUCGCUCUGUUCCAACUAUCAGUACGGGUCCGGUACCACGAGCAGGUGUCCCCUGUGUGCCUGCCACCAGCCAGCCGCGUGCUCAAACCAGGCACACUCUGUACUGUCAUAGGCUGGGGGAAACGCGACGAUAAAGAACUGUCCGAAUAUGAGCCGGCAGUAAAUGAAGUGGAGGUGCCCGUCCUCAACCGAGACCUUUGCAACCAGUGGCUGGAGCACCGCGACCUGAACGUUACCGAGGGCAUGAUUUGUGCUGGAUACCCCGAGGGAGGCAAGGAUGCUUGUCAGGGUGACUCAGGUGGUCCACUCCUGUGCAAGGACCCAGACGACUCCUCGCGCUGGUAUGUCGGCGGGAUCGUCUCGUGGGGCAUCAAGUGUGCCCACCCACGUCUACCCGGAGUGUACGCGUACGUGCCUAAGUUCAUUCCCUGGAUACACCAGCAGAUGAGGCAGUACAAUGACGAUAACGCCAAGUCAGAAGACAUAUAAAUGGCAGUCUAUAAUGAGGCAUCACUUUGGAUAAUUAUCAAUUCAAAUAUUUGACAAUACUAUGUUUGACCUAAGAAGAAAACAUUCUUAUGUAUACUUGUAUUUUGAACAUUUUCUGUAUUUAUAUCAAAGUUGAACUAUUGUAUAUUUUAUUUACAAUUAGGUUGAUUAUUAUAGAUAGUUAUUAUUCAGAAUUUAACACUAUUAUGUACUUCAUAUUAUACAAUUUAUUAUUCUUAAGUGGUGUCAAAAUGAACUUGACUUGAAAUCCCUGCACGUAUUGCAGGCAAUUAUGACUAUGACAAUAAUUAUCGAAUAAUGACAAUAAAUUAAUAAACGAUGACAAUAAAACUUAUACAAUCGUAAAAUAUAGUAGGUAAGUCAAUUUUUCAAGAGAAUCUAAAUAUAUAAUAUACAAUGAAUAUAUACAAUAAAAUUCCGAAGCAUAUAUGUAUGAAAAGUCUUGGGGAGUUGACUUAUAUAUUUAUUGCUUUUGACAAAGACAUAUGGCUAAAUAUUUUCACAUAUCACUCGUAUAUCGCGUGAUGUAAAUUAUUUGAAGCUGUGAUAGUAAAUGAUUUAUUAUGAAGCGAACAAGUCGAUAUUGUAUCAAAGUUUACCCAUGACUUGAAGUUGACUUUACAGUGACUGGGCGCGCUGCCGCGUCCCUCGAUACUUUUUCUCGGGGUAGUCAGUCAUCGGUGACGUAGGUCUAACUAAUAUUAUAAAUAUUAUGAAAUCUGUUUUGAUUCAUGUGAAUUUUAUAUGUAAGCUGCUUUUAUAAGUAAUGUAGUGUUCUCAAAGCUUUAGCAGACUUUUAGAUUGUUUUUAAUAUUGUACCUACAUACUUUGUUUUUCGUUUUUAUUUCUAUUCUGUGUUAGUGUAGAGUGGAGGAAAACCUCAUUUGUCAUUCGGGAUCAGAAUUUCAAUGAACAAUAUCAAAUAGCAGUAGUGGAGUCUUUGCAAUCUUUCAACGUGUUGGAGCCCCGAGUGACAAAUUAGGAGGUCCGUAGUAUUUAAGUGUAUGUUUGUUUGAUGUUUGAUGUUAGUAGUUUAGGGGAAAGUGCUUUUAUAGAAUAAAAAUAAAUCCCAUUCACACGGAUGCAGGUUAAAAAAAUAUAGAUUAAAAAUAUAGACAAUGAUUGUUUAUUAAAAAAAAUAGGUGUUAAUCUACGGCGUUCUAAAGUUCUUCCUAAUGACAAUAAAAUAUAAAUGUUGAGUUUAGGUAAAUACGAUGAAAUCGUAACAAGUAAAUAAAGAAUUACCAGACAAUAUCUAAAGUAAAUAUAUAACAUUAAAUAGCAAAAUGCUUGCGUUUAUGACGCGAGCGGCCGAGAGGGUCCCGGCGUGUACAUUGGUGAAGGACCCAGGAGUACUAUCCAACCUUAUAAUAUAACGACAAUAAUAAUUUUUGACAAUAUAUUUACUAACAGACGUAGUUUAAGCUUUGUUAAUAUACAAUUUAGAUACAUCUGUUUCAAUAUGUUUUUCUAAAUGUAAGUAGGUGUCAUUUUUAAAUACCUUGACAAUAACGGAAAUUGUAAUUAUAUUAGAGACAUAGCUUUAAUAGAUUCUAAGACAUAGUAUUAUUAGAUAUAGUAGCUGUAGGUGUGGUAAAUAUUUUUUAAACUUAGGACAAAAUAUACUUAGUUCCUUUUAUAUGGGUAAACUUUUCAACUUUCGUAUAGUAUCUAAAUGUUCUGCGAUCCAGUAUUGUGGUCUCCAGGGAGACGUGGUUAUAGCACAAAGCUAUGCUCAAACUAACUUAGGUGUAUUUAUAUAAGUAUAGAAUGAAGUUAAUGUUUUAGCGAUGUGAACAUGAACAGUAGCAAGCGUAUAAUGUGGGCUUACAUAGGGGCGGUGAAAUUAUUUAAAUAGUUAAAUAUAUAUAGGGAUAUCAGUAUUUACAUGGAUACUAAAGCGUUGCGGUGUAGGUAGCUGUACUCUGUGCAUUCUAGGCAUAUCAUAUUUGCAAACUAGACUCGUGUUUCGGCCUAAAGAUAUGUCACGUGGUGUCAGUCAAUUGUCUCACUGAGUUCACGUUCACAUCGCACUAAUUAUAUAAUUCUACAUUUACAUGGAAGUAUGGUUGUUGACUACUUAUGAGUCUUCUUCUCAACUCGAGCUUUCUCUAGUGUAACAUUAAAUAUAUAUGUAAUUACAUAAUAUUAAAAUUAUAUCAGAGUUUAAAUUAUUAAUUUCGUAAGUAUCACGAUAAAAGGAAUUAGGUUGAAAUUUAAUUUGAUAUAUUUAUAUAAAUGUCGAUGAGUUUAUCAAAAUUCUUUUCUACGUAGUGACUGAAUUAAAGUACAGAAUAUGAAAACAUGAGAACAGAAUGAAGAGGUGGAAGGGAAUGAACCAGAUGGCCUGAUGUUUAUGGAGGAGAAUGGUAUUUUUACUUUGUUCUCGUUUUUUCAUAAACUCUAGAUGUACCUUCUAGUUAGUAAGUUAGGUUAAGUAAACUAGAAUAACUUAGUAUGUUAGGGGCAUGCUUUAGUGUUCUGUGACAUCUUAUGAUACUUGUGAUCUCUGCAUUAUGGACUCUGCAUUAUAAUACUCCAUACAUUCGCUAAGUUUAUUUUAUAGAUACUCGCCCAUUUUUAUUGCGUACUUAACUACUUAUUAUUUGAAUUUCUUGCACAAUCUUUGUCUUCUUUUAACUUAUAUUAUAUUUCUACUAUGGUUUAAUGGGGUUGGACGGCAAUACAGGAACAGACAUAAACGAUACCCAGAGAUCAAGUACAUGAAACAAAUCUAUCAUAUUGAUAUGUCUAGUCUGAAUAUGUUUUGGAUACUUCGUAAUACAAAGAAUUCUAACAAACUUGAAUACAUUCAGUAUAAUGUGUAGGAAGAAAAUAUAAUUGUUGGAGGUCGUAUCUACGUUGUAUAUUCAUUUGAAGAGGCGAGCACGAUUCAUUUAUUUUAGUCUAUCCCAGUCACUUCUGUAGUAGCGAAGCUUAAUUUAUAGAGAUGUGUCUCAAACGAAAUAAGUUCGUUAAUGAAUUAUAAAUAAACAUAAAAAUGCAUUGGUAUUUGGCUUUAUAUAGAACAUGUGUGGAAUAUGCAUGUUCAGCUCUUAAUGUUUAUAUGAACGUAGUUUUACAUGUAUCGCGUAUAUUGUAUACUGUUGUAGAAUAUAAUUGCUGUUGGAAAAUAAAUUCUAUGGUAGACUAUAUUGUGUCGUGUUCAAAGCAUAUCUUCUCCGAGUCAGCAGGUUUGACUCCAACCCAUAGUUAUAGGUAAUAAAUUAUUAGAUACAUACGUAUUUGUACAGAAAUAGUGACUAUCGUAAUUAGCGACAAUAAAUAUUUUGAUAAAGAACAAACAUUAUAUAUAUAAUUCUAAAUUUCUACUGGUGGUUACAUAGUGGUUAAGUUUUCAUAGAAAUAAUAACAGAAUGUAUUAAAUAGAAUAUAAAACUGGAAAAUUGUUUACAACUGUAUAAUAGGUAUAAGAAAUGGGCGAAUAUAAUGAAGACCUAACCACUAAAUAUCCGAGAACAACUUUACAUCAAGCUUGGAACUGUUACGUUGCUUUAGUGGGUUUUGUUGGUCGACAGUAUUGUUCUAUCUCCUAAACGAUAUCAUCGAAGCCGCGUACUUCAGGCUAACAUAACGGUUGUGUAUUAAAUGUUUAGUGGUGUACCCGUCACUAGUAUGACGUCACUGUUUAGUGCUCGCAUCGGUGUCCACUGGCCCCUAUUGAAUGUUGAUCGUUGUAGAAAAUAUAUUUAUUAGGUAAUAAUGAGUGUUUCUUUACUUACUUCUACUUAAUGAACACUAGAUCGCGUUGUUUUAUAGUAUUCACUAAUUUCAGUACAAUGUCGAUGAGGUUAGACGAAGUAUGUACGAUAUAUACCGUACUUGAAAUAUUAAUAUAUUUAUUUGUAGUUUCACUUUCAUACUCUAUGUGAGCUGGUCCUCAACUGUUACUUUAUGUAUAAGUAUGGAAUGUCAGGUAACAUCGUGGGCAUUGUACUGUAAUAUAAUUUGGAUCUCAUUUCGACUCUGUUGAAAUCUUUAGAUAUUUUUAUACCUAUGUAAGAUGUACGAAUGUUUAGAUAUUGUCAAUUUCUUGCCAACGAGUAUUGUACGCGCAUAGUAUCAAUUAUUAUCAAUUACAUGCCAAUAUUAUCUACUCAAUGUUGAUUUGUUUGUAUUGAAAUGUUUUACAAUAAAAAUGAAUUAUUAAAUAGUUGAUACUAAAGAUGAAUUGGAAUUUUUUGGAAAUUAAAUUAAAAGGAUUUUAAGUGAUUGUUACAAAUUGACGUAUUAAUUACUUAAUUAAAUACUCACAUAGUUAAAGGAAAUGCUUUGUUUAUCAUAAAUUAUAUUUAUAAUUAGAUGAAAAGACAAUAAAAGUGAUGUGACAAUAUUUCGACGGAACAUUCCGUAGCCUUGUUUGUUGAUUUAUUGAACUUUUGUAUUUUUCCAAACAUCUAGACUUAUGAAUCAACCCUUCGUAGUUUAGAUAUUUGUCAUUAAGAAAGAAACUUAGAUUGUAGUAAUAUUGGGACAGGUUAAAUACUAUAAUACAAUAAUUUAUAUUUAAAUAGAAGGAAGUCAAUUUAGAGAUGUAACUACAUCGAUAAAAUAGAAGAAAAAAGUUUUACAUCGAGUUCGACAAAUUGAAAUUAAUCUUGAGUCCCUAGGUUCUAAUAUUAUUACAAUCUACCAAAAUUAUAUAAUUAUGUAGAAACGUAAUAGAUACGCACAAGUUACUCUGUACUAUAAAGCCACUAUUUUAGAACAUUUCCGUUUAUAUACAAGCCAUGCUGAUACAUACGUGUUUAUAUAUAUCGAUGUUUAUAAACUUAUGUGUGCUAGGACGGUGUUGCUUUCUACUAUUCGUGAUUCCUGUUUUUAUACGAUCUUAUGUGCUUCAUAUAAUUAGUGUUAUCAUUAAUGUAUUGUAGGUUUGCAGUUUUAACGCAAUGUUUCGUAAAACUCUUGGUGAAAACAAACUUUAAGGGCUUCUUAGAUGUGAUUUCUAUGCAUUUAAAAAAAAUAUGUCAUUUAAUUGAUUUCUAUGAUUUUUCUUUUUUUUUUGUCCUCCAGUCUGCAGAAAUUUUGUAAUAAUAAUAUGAAUAUUUUAUGAUCUGAUCUAUCGCACAAAUUCUAUAUAAAAAUUAAAAUAUGUUUUCAUUGUAUUCAUUGAAUAUGAAAUUAUUUUUACACCUCGUACACGAAUGUUUAGUGCUGUUAGUUUUUUGUCUUUGUGUAGCUUUACUUUGUUCCUCAAGCUUGGAUUAAAUAAUAUAAUAAAAUAAUGUGUAUUUUUCUCUACACCUCCCAAUCUACAAUCAACAUGGAAGCAUUCCAAACUAAAAGCUAGGGAUAUCUACAUGAAACUAAAUAAUUGAAACUACAAAGUUAUUGAAUUAAUAUUUUACUAAUGGAUACAAUAUAGUUACAUUAAUCAACAAUAGGUAUAAAUAACUAGAUUAGUCACUACCCACUUAGUCGUGGUACAUUUCCUUUACAUAAUCAGGUGACAGACAGAUGACCGGAACAAUUGACGCGACCAUCACUCGACCCUUUUACACAAGUUAUAAAUACACGCGUUUAGCUUAUAAAUUAAAUUUACUUUUUAUAUAAAUUCGAAAAUUAAUGAAUUUAUGAGUUAAAUGUGUUAAGGACAGCGAUGAUGGCGCCCUCUAGUCAUCUCAUUCGUGAUUGUAGCGCCAUCUAGCGUUGAGAAUAACAUUUAAGAAGUUUUGGGCGUCACUGUUUCUUAUUGAUUAUUCUCAACACUAGGAAUCAAAAAGGCGUUCGAUACUAAUAUAGGUAUGCAAUGAAAUGACAUUUAAAAAAACUAUAUGCCAUUACUUAUUACAUUUUAGACUGAGUUUUAUUUAUGCAACACUAUUUGUAUGUUAAAAGGAAAAAUUCAUAUUAUACAGAGAUUCUUGUUUAUAUUGAAUUUGCACUUGAAUAUAUACUCAGUCUAAUAAAAAAACUAAAUUUAGUUAAGUAACUAAAAAGAUGCAACUUCAUAAUUACUUCUACUAUAGACAAUACAUAAAAGUAAAUAAUUCAAUAUAUUGAGGACCGUUUUGCACCUGCACUGAUAAAUGGUUACUUUUAUCUUACAAUGUACGUAAUUGAACCAUUUUCUUUGAUUGACUUAUAAAUUGACACUUAAAAUUUUAUAACUAGAAAUUGAUACUCGUAUAGAGAGUAGAGAGUGUUUUCGAGAAGCUAAACCGAUCCUCUAGUGUAUCAAUAAAACAAUAAUGUUAUCCAUGUCGCAUUUCAAAAUAAUGAGUCUAAAACAUUGGAGGGCGACUGAAUAGCCAUUGGCUAAGUAAAGAUCUCAUUAAUAAAAGGCGAACAAGUUCCAGUAAUUCCAGACUCGCUGUAAUUACUGACAUUUUUGUUAAAUACCCAUAUUAGAUCGGUACAUCGGAUUUAACCAAUGAAGCAAUGUUAGUUUUUUUUUUACUUUUCUUACUAUUGAGUUAUGUUACAAAACGGUCCUAUAUGAAGCAUGGGUCUAAAGUAAGGUGUGCUCGCACAACAUCCAAGUUCAGUCUUGAGUAUAUUCUCUAAAUUGACUAAUCGAUUCAUCUGUAGUAAUUACAAUACAAGGAGGUUACAAGGAAAGUAUAAGCUCAGCAUACGCUAAGUACGAUACGAUGUUAUACUUUUAAUGUUAGAUAAAACGAUUUAUUUCAAAAAUCGAGUAUCUUCAAUGACAGAAUGGUUCUCUGAACAUUUAAGUGUGGAUGAAAUGGAUUUAUUAAUUUCAAACUUAAAUAUAAACUUAUAAAUGUAAAGUUAAAACGUAUUUAACAAAGAAUAAUAUAAGUUACAGUCCCAAUAGAGGAAUAUUAUGUCAAAUCACGUAAUAAACGUAUUCACUAAACAUUUAACAAAAGUGCGCUCGCGACACCACGUGGUACAUGUGUGGCAUCACUAUAAAACAUUCGAUUACCGAAUAAUUCCGCUACUUCACAUAAUGUCCGACAUUAAAUUGUUUAUAAUAUUCACAAAACUAAUACGUGAAUCAUGAUCUAAGUACGAUAAUGAAGAAAUAAAAUCUAUAACGACGUGCAAACUCGUUUAACUCGGAGUUAUAUAAAAUGUAAUACUGUUUACAUACGUACAAAAUUGGUCCAUAUCUGUCACACACCUUGUUAACAAAGACGUUUACUAUUCAAAGUUUACUAUUACAAAAGUGAGCUCAUUGCUUUUACUUCAUCAGUAUCCUCUAGAACAAAAUGUGAAAAAUCGUUGCCAAUAUUAAGUCAUCAUAAGAAAUUAAACAAACUAAGAGCAUGUGAAAGAUAUAGUCCUAAUUCAACCCGAUUCCUACCGUAAUUACAAUCGACGUUAGUACAAAUUGACAGUACACAAGGCUUUAUACAAACAACUAUACAAUAUACAACUGAAACAAUUAAAUUCUUUAGCCGAACACCUACUUCAACAAUUACUUCAUAAGUACUCUAAAUAAAUGUCUUGAACAACUUUAGUCUUCUUAUAAGAAAUGGUCUGGCAGUUGUCUAUAGUCUAUCUGUCUACUCUACGUGCCUACCAAGAUUGCUGGACAUAUUGUUACUCGAUACGAGACGAGUAGCUUAUCGAUACCGCGACGCUAGUGUAUACAGCUGGGUACAUGUCACCCCUCGAAAUAUCAGUCUAGUCAGUACUCAUUAUUGUCGACUAACGAAGACUAGUCGAUAUCAAAGGCGUGCUCUUGUACUCUGGGACGUUUCAAGUGUUUAGAAACUUAAACUAGAAGUACAAGGGCGUAUCUUGUAUGCAAUAAGCUAUCUCAUUCACUCUCACAUAAGGUUGAAGUCUGAUUUACAAAAAAAUGCCUUCAAAACUGUGAUCCAGACGAUUUCUUACUUAAAUUAAUAUAAUAAUAAUAAUCAUAUAGUACAGUCUAAUUCAUUUAUAAAAUGAUAUAACUAGUUAAAUUUAAAAUAAUUAAUAGAUCUACACAGUACUAUAUUAAAUAGAGCCUCAAGGCAGAUAAGUUUUACAGAUAAAAUAUAAAAUUUAUAUCAACAAAUUAUAUAGAGUGGUGAUUACUUAGUGGCUGUGUAAGUUGUUGUUCUAUACGAAGACGUAAACAAUAUAUAAGCUGCAGCAGCAAUAAGAUGAUCUUCUUAAGGAAGUUUUACUUCAGCAAUAAAAGAAAACAUUAAAUAAAGUCAUUUAGAAUAUGUAGAAACUCAAACAGCCACUAAACAACAUCCUGUAUAAGAAAAUCUAUGAUUUCGAUAACAUAUCAGUGGCGACGAUAUAAUUCAUUUACUUAAAUUUAAUGAUAUGAAGCAAGCGCAAAGUUUACCAAUUUCAAACAAUUUAAAAUGUUUCAUAAUUAUAAUAUAUAUUUUAUAUAAUAAAUAUUUCUAAUAUAAUAAUACCUAUACACGCUUAUACAUGGAACAUGUACUCAGUUCGAUAGAUGAAUACUCAGCUGACAUUGAGCUAAUGCUUCACAGCUCAUUCGUCAUCAACUGUGUGGACAUUACAUUAGUUUUAAAUAUACGCAUCGAAUGUUCACGAUAAAAAAUCCAUGUAUCGAUUAAGUACAUUCCAUGCCUACCUUCGAUACUUUUCAGUCAAUAAAUAGCCUCAUUCGAGAAUAUAUCACGUACACAUGUCUACCGCUAACAAUAUGAACGAUCAAACAUUAAAAAUCUUUGGUGUGUUGAGUACUAUAGGUUACUAAAAUGAGUAUUUAGUCGAUUUACUAUCGAAUUCACACUUUUUUAUUCCGAAUUCAUACCGAUUUUGUCGAAAACAAUUGCUUCCGUAUUUCGAUAAGCAUUUUUUUAUAUUCUUUGCCGUAUAGCAAUUUAGGCUGAAUAUUUAAAAAAAACUUUAAGAAUGUAAUUUGUUCGAAAUAAUUCCGAACUAAAGUUAGUUUGAAGUUUAAAGUUUAUUUAUUAAUCAAAGUAAAAAUGCAGCUUUAUGCAUAUUAUAUGUAAUCGCGCGUCGCCAAUUAUCUAGCAAUUCGAUAGUAUUAGGAAAUUUUAUAAAUUGGACUUAUGAGAAUUAGAGUCGUGAGAAUCAUAAUUCGUCAUACAUUAUAAUUUAAAAGCGCAUUUGUUUUUUUUUAAUGGUUGCAAAAAAGUGCAACCCAAUCAUAUGAUUGCAAUAAAAAUUUAUGGAUUUUUAUCGACAUUGUUGUAUAUAUCGAUAUAUUUCAUUUUUAUAGAGACAUCUCCAUUUUGUUACAUUAUUACAGUGUAACAAAUAUAAACUACAAAUGGGUUUGUAUGUAGUAUUCCAAGUAAUUAGUAAAUACUAAUUAUUACAUAGUUAUUUGUCGAUCGUCAUUAAGUUAGAUAUUAUUAUUAAAAUGUGUUUUAUAUCAGCUUUUAAGGUACUUUGGAUCGGAAUGGAUAACCUUAAAUUAAAAUAUUGGGACUACUAAGUUCAUUUUGAAAAUGGGUUUCUGGAAGAUAUUUGUUUUAUUGUGUUGAAACUAUGACAUAAAUUAUUUUACUUUUAGAAAUGUAAAUAAAUCUAUAGAAUAUAAAAUUCAGUUUUAUGAAGUUCUGAAAUGUGAUUUUUCUGGAGAAAAAUUGUGAUGUUAAAGACUCCAAGCAAUUAAUAGAAGAUUCUAGAAAGUAUGUACAGGGAAGACGAGGGUAUUUUGCAAAUAUCACCCUAAUAACGAUAGAAGUAAGAUUCAAAAAUAGAUUUGUAAGAGACAACAGUACUACAUUUAUAAUUUAGUCUUUCAACAUUCGCUGUUUGGGUUCUAAAUGUUUAGGCCUUUAACUAAAGUAAUAUUCAUUCCGCUUUAUACAUCAAGUAAACCAUCUUCGGAAGUUACUCUAUUGACCUCUAUUUUUUCAUUUCGGACUUCGUUAUUUCAAUAGAUCUUUUCAAUAUCACAAAUAUGGGAAUUCAAAUAACCCAAAACCGCUUUAUACUAAUCUGUCAUUCACGUUGUGAGUUCCUCAUAUAUUGAGAACAAAACAAAAUGAUACAGAACUGAGUCAAACUGAACAGUUUCUAUUUGGGACACUAAUGGAUUAUUUCACUUCAAACGCCACACGUACGCUUUUACUUCAUUCAUGCUUUAAGGUACAAACUCAUGAACACUCACAUAUUACCCUACUUUGUAUUAUACCAACGUGAUCCAUUAGUGUGCCCAAUUCUUAAAUAAUUAAUAACCAAACUUGUAUUUAUUGAAAUAAGGUUCUAAUUGGACUGUUGUAUGGACGCGAGGAAGGCGGGGUCGACAGACGCUACCUUCGCCGUCAGGAACGCAUGCAUGCAAAACAAUAAGCUCUGUAGAAUCUGGCAUUCUAGUUCCUGGAACAAAAAUAUAAGAACUUAAUUCAGUAUACCGACAGACCGACAUAUCGAUUUUCAACUGUAUAACAUAAUAACAAAGUCAAAACUCGAUUGAAUAUAUUUUGUUGUUAGGUAUAGUUUACCUUCGUUUCAAUAACUUUAGUCUCAGAGUCUUGGAAGUGUAGUUUUAAUUUUGAUUUGCCAUCAUCACUGGAUCCUCGGAGUUGAGAAAAUCUGAGAAGCAAACAAAAGAGUACUGCUUUAAAAAUCAAAGGAAGAGGCCAUCUGAGUAACUAAUGACGUUUUCUACUCAUGGACAAUAAUUUCGACCUUACUGAAUUUUAGUUUGGCAGCAAUGCUUUGGAGGCCGUGAAAAAAAAUGAUUUUAUAACUUUAUUCGUAAGUUGUAUCUACUCACCGGUAUGCCCAAACAGGUUUGGCUCCGGGUGUGCCCUCACUGAGUGAGAACCCAGCCGCCCAGUCUAACGUCAGUCCCGCCGCGCGGCCCAUGUGUACUACUGUGAAUGUUUUCUUCU